GUUCGAAGGAUAGAACCAAUUCUAUUGUUUUGAUUAAGGAUCGAUGUUUUUCAAACAUCUUGUUCAUCUUCAUCUAUGCAUAGUUGUUUUCUGAACAUGUUUUUUAGAUUAAUGUUUUUCAAACUACAUCAUUUUCAUCUUCAUCUAAGCAAAUUUGUUUUCUGAAACUUGAUCCUUGGGACCCAUAUGGAUUCAUUGAAGCCAUUGAGCUUCCUUUAUAGAUUGGUUUGCUUACCGAAAAGAAUAUAGCAUUUAUGUUUCAUACUUUGUAGUUGUUUUUGUCUCUGAUUUGUGGACUUUGUUGCUUGAAUCUCUUUUCCAGCAUUCAAAGUCUAAAGAUGGAGCAACUAAGAGAGACGGACCAGACGGUAGAUGCUCAAAAGCAUCACCGAUUGAAGCGUAUGGUUUAGGAAGUCACAUGAAGCUUCUUGAAGAACAAGUCAGAACUGUGUCUUUUGUAUCUGCUCUGCAAGCACAACUAGUGCAAGCUCAGUUAUACAUUCACAAUCUCGAAUAUGAAGUGCAGUCCUCUAGAAAUAGAGUCAAGCACCUGUCGAGGAAGUUUGGAGCGGAAAGAACAUCACAGCAGAAAAACGAACAUGGAAAGAUUUGCGCACGUAUUGAUGAUUUGAAGGGUCAGUUGAGCAGGGAAAGAAAAAAGCAACAAAAAAUGGAGGAAAUCAAUUCUCAAUUAAUAACGGAGCUUGCUGAAGCUAAAUUAUCAGCAAUAAAAUCAGUUCAAAAAUACGAGGCAGAAAAAAGAACCAGAAAGCAUUUGGAGGAAGUCUGUCAUGAGCUAGCUAGGAAGAUUGGAGAAGAUGAGGCGGAAGUUGAAGCAAUGAGAAUAGAGACAAUGAAGAUUCGGGAAGAGGUGGAAGAAGAGAGAAGUAUGUUACAGGUUGCCGAGGUUUGGCGCGAAGAACGUGUCCAAAUGAAGUUGAUUGAUGCUAAAUUAGCUCUUGAAAGUAAGUACUCUCAGUUGAACAAGCUGAUAACUGUCCUUCAAACUUUUCUUAUGUCAAGAAGCACAAGCCUGAAUAUGAGGGAUUUGAGGAAAGCUGAGUUGAUUGGACAGGCAGUGAAAGCUGUUACUAUUCAAGAUAUGGAAGAAUUUUCGUACGAGCCUCCGGGAUCGGGGGAUAAUUUCUCAAUAUUUGAAGAGAUACGGCGAGUUGAAGUUUUUGGAAGGGAAAUUCAGCCAUGGUUUAAUUACGGUUUGCCUGGAGAUAUUUCUGAUUACCAUCCUGCGAGUCCUCAGGAAAAUGAUCAUGAUAAUGACCAUGUUCUUGGUUACAACAGUGGCACGGAAGAAGAUGCCACUGGCCAUGAAGAGGUGCAUCAUAUCGAGAAUCAGGGUUCUGUUGAAGAGAGUGGCCGCUCUAUUAUCACAGUUGGUGCAUGCAGUAGUGCUCCAAGGUUUGAGAUAGAACAGGAUGAAACUUCUACCAGAUUAUCUACAAAUAAAGAAUCUAAUCGAGUAUGCUCGAUAUCUGUAGGAAAGCCAAAGCGGAAGAAACCGUCUUCUGCAAACCUGCGAACAUCAGGUGCAAGUAGUAGCGAAGCCUAUAAAGCAAUAACCAAUGAGGGUAAUGAUCGGCUUUCAAAUCGGAACAGUUUCCAUUCCAAGAACAUUUCUUCCAAUGGAAAGUCUAUUAAAAGUGGUCUUAAGCACCGGAAGCCAAUGGAGCAAUACGGCUCCACAGACUUGAUAAUUCCAAACAUAGCUCAAGGCAUGAUAGGGAGCAUUGAAUGGCCAAGAGGCUAUGAAAAGAAUUCUUUGAAGGCAAAGAUUCCGGGAACCAGGACCGAGAGCAAGAUAUGUCGAUCGCGAAGACACAGUACAAGUUAG